AUGUUGAAGAGAGCUGGUAAGUUUUUUUGGGCGCGAAAAUUUUAGAAGGAAAAAAUUCUUGGAACUUUUCCAAUUUUUCCGAAAAUCCUUGGAUUAUCUGAAAAUCUCGAGAGAUCUAUCCUGAACUUCCUUCCUCUCAAAAAUCAUUUUGUCUGAAAUUGGCCCUAGAAAACAUGAGACUGAAAUUUAUUUAUGAACUGACGAAAAAUGGUGGGUUUUUGUAAUUUUAUUUAACUGAAAAUUUUUUAGAAGCUUCUCACAAAAAGAGAAGUCUAUAAAAUUGAACUUGUUUCAAAAAGAACGUUGGCAGUUAAAAGAAAACCCCAAGGGACAUUUUUUUUCCAAAAAAGCCUAGAGUGCAAAAUUUGUUCAAAAUGAAGUGAUGACGUGACUUUUCGAAUACUGUAAUUAGUUUCGGAAGCAACAUUUUUGAAUUCUGAUUUCGCAGAUUUGUUCGGGACAAUCGAAACAGUACCCGAAAAUGCCGAUUUUUGGCCAAAAUGAAAACUUUGCAACGUCAUAACUAUAUUUUGGGUAAGUUUUGCACCGUAGUAUAUUUGGAAUAAAUAUCUUUUGGGAUGUUCUUUUAACUGCCAAAAUCAGAUAAAUUUUUUCGGUGACUUUGUCGGGUGAAACUUUUCAGUUUUUCAACCCAAUUCUAUAUAGAAAAACACUUUUCCCGUUAAGAAAAUGUCAAACAUUACUUUCCACAUAUUUUCAAAGAAAAAUCAGCAUUUUAUGCUACUAAAAGUUUUCGCUGGGAAAGAAGAAAACAUAUGGGUUAUUUGACAUUUUUGAAUCAUCGAAUCUCAUUUUUUAAAUAGAAAAAUGAUAAACUAUUGUUUUUUUUCAUUUAAAAAUGUUUAAAACUUUUUUAUUUGAAUCACAAAUUGUAAGUAUGCUCAUCCCUUUUAUCGAAAAAAUCGAUACAAAGUUUCUUAUCAUAAAGUACACAAAAAGUAUACUUUUGGUACAAAAAGUAUAUUAUUCAAACAUUGAAUAAUCAUAAUUUUAUUGAUGCUAUUCGUUAUUUUAUUUUAAUCGAAAACCUUGAAAUAUUCCAGAAGCUCAACAUUCAACGCAAAAAACUUUCAAGAAAGGUUUGUUUUAAAAUGUUAACCACUAUUUCUUAGACGUAGGGAAAAAUUGUCACCAAGAACAAUUCGGGUUUUAACGUGAACCUAUCCGACCUUCGAUUUCCACGUAAAUCCAAUACAGGGUGACAACAAAUUAUAGAUUCAGGCUGUUGUCACCAUGUCAGAGGCCAACAUGAGGCCACGAUUUCCACGCCUUAUUUCUCAUUUACCAAAUUAAGAAAAUAGGAUUUCGUUUAGAAUCGCCUUAUCGAUUCGAUUAUUACGAGCAAUUGUUGGCUACGCCUCCGAUGAGAAUUUCGUCGAAAAAAACCAACAUCACUAAUCGGAUCAUCUACGCUUUUAUCAUUUUUGCGUCCAUUACUUUGUUGUGUAAGUCUAAAAGCCGAAAAUAAGCUGGAAUCUCACUAUGGAAUUUUUCAGUUGUUUGAGAAUUUGAAAAUUCUUUCAAGUUGGAUUGUGAGAAACUACAAAAGAUUCCUUAUCAGUAAACAAACUAUUUAAAUUACAGUAUGGAAUCAAAGUGCCCCUCUUCUCACCGAAUCCGAACGUCAAUGCAUUCUCGACGAGACCUAUCCACGUGGCAAUAUCUCGUCAGCUGAUCUUGGAGAAUCGUUUCGCAUCGCUUUCUAUGAUGUUCAAAAGACAUUCAAGAUUCUACAAUUGCCAAAUGUUUCAUGCGAUUUUGCAGAACAUUCAACUUCGACAACUGUUUUAAUGAUGAUUCAAACAAGAGCCAAAAGUUUUACUCGUCGAAAUGUUCUUCGUGAAACCGUUAUCAGCGCUAAAAACUCGAAAAUCGUUGAAGAUGGAAAUAUGAAAUUUAUCUUCGUCACCGGGCAAAAUGAAGAGGAUGAAAAAGUGAAUGAAAUUUUGGAAAAUGAAUCUAGAUUAUAUGGAGAUCUUCUUAUAACUGACAUGCAUGAUAAUUAUACUAAUUUACCAUUCAAAGCUCUUCAAUCAAUUCUCUUUGCUUCUUCUCGUUGCAAAAAUGUGGAUUUGAUUGGAAAAAUCGACGAGGAUGUGAUUUUCUAUCCAGAUCAAUUGGCAAAACUUUUGCCUGGAUUGAGAAUCGAAGCCGAUACAAAUUUAAUAUUGGGAGAUUUGUGGAGAGAAGGAGUUAUGGUUAAUCAUGAACCAGAUACUAAAUGGUAUAUUCCAAAAGAAGCUUAUCGCUGCAACAGAUUCCCGCAAUAUGCUGCAGGACCUUUGUAUUUUAUGACAAGACAAGCAGCAAAAGAUAUAUUGAAAGUUUCCAAUGGCAGAAAAUUCAUCACGGUAAUUCAACUAAACUUUUCAAAAAAAUUACGAAACUAAAACAUAUUUAAAUUUUAGGUGGAAGAUUCCCUCAUCACUGGACUUUACUCAGUCGACAUAAAUGCCGAAAAUAUUCAUCUUCCAAUGAUGUACUACCAUCACGGACAAACAACUGAUCUCAGCCGCCGUCAACUUCUCUCGUGGCAUAACAAGAAAAACGACGAGCAAUUCAGAAUGUCAUUCUUCUACAUGCUUUCAACCAGAUGUUUGCCAUGUAAAAAGUUCUGA